UUGUAAUUAGAAAUCAAAAAGAUGAGGAAAUCAUAGUGAUGAAAAAUACAAGUUCUAUUCACCACAUUAUUCAUAGGGUAUCUUGCUCUGAUGCAGGAGAGUAUGUAUGCUCUGCUAAAAAUAUGUUAACAAAUGGAGAAGGAGCACUAUCCAAACUCGUCCUGAUCGUGAGAUGUCCUCCAUGUCCGUCACCUGAUACAUUAAAAGUGACGAAUAUAACUGCUCUGCUGCAUUGUGACGUCACGUUGCAAUUUUUCGCUCAAAACUUUUUUGACGAGCACAACAAAACAGUAUUCGCAUGGUAUAAACAGAACUUGUCGUUACAAAAUGACAAGAAGUAUAUUAUAUCAUCUUAUGGAUUAAAGUCUAACUUGAUCGUCAGAAACAUUACCUACUCAGAUUAUGGACAGUACCGAGUAACUGUCGGGAAUUCAUUUGGACAGUGUGCACACUAUUAUGAAUUGCAGGACAACGCUCCUCAACAGUCAACUGAGCCUUUUACAGCCUCGACACUAUUUAGGGUCGCAGUUGGUAUAUCUAGUUUUACAGUUUUAGUGAUUAUAAUGGAAUUAUUCUUUUGGAUAUAUACCAGACGUAAACAAACACAGUAGACAAGAGACAGAAAGACAGCUGAGGUUAUCACUGAAUAUCAGGCUACUUCUGGGCAUAAUGACAAUGGUGCAGAUAAUGUGUAUGAACAAAUUGAUGAGCAAGUACUGCAAGAGGUGCAUACAUUGAGAUGCAAGGAAUCAAAACGGAUAAGGAUACAAACUGUGAAUAUAUAGAGAUGAAUAUACAAA